CUCAAUUUCCUAUUGUACUGUGUCCUUCAUCACUAAUUAACUACGUACGUACCUGAGAAAAUCAUGAAGAACAAAGCUUCCAGGUUGUUGAAACAGAUCAUCUCUCUGUUGGGUUCAAUUGCAAAAGCCAAGUCCAUGGCCAUCAAGAGCAAAACUAGUGCAUUCAAAGCUCGCCUCAUCAUGUUCUUUCUCAUGAAGAACAAAAAGGCCUUAUUGAUGGGUUCCAUCUCAAACAAGAUCAACAAUCUCUUAGGUGGUCAUGACCAGCAUGAACAAGAAAGCGAAGAUGACCAAAGCAAGACCAUUGUUCUCUACGAUGCCAAGGCCAACAAGUCAUAUCCAAGCUCAAGCUAUGCUCAUGAUGAGUAUCCUGAUGAGGAUGAGGAUGACAAGUAUCCGGAUCUUAGGCACUCGCUGUUUGAUGAAGAAAUGGACUUGGAGGAGGAUGAGGGAGGAUCCAUCAUCGAACUUGUAAGGCACGCGAAAGAGGAAGGAGGAGAAGAGUUCAGACUGGAAGACGAGAUCGACCAUGUGGCAGACUUGUUCAUAACGAGGUUCCACAAGCAGAUGCGCAUGCAAAAGCUCUUGUCCUUCAAAAGGUAUCAAGAGAUGCUGGAGAGGAGCGUUUAGAUGGGAUUACACAAACAUUGGCAGUCUCUUCAUUCUUUUGUUUCGAAAUUGACUACUGCUUAUCCAUUUCCCCGUCUCCAAAAUUUAUUUUCUUAUUAAAUUAUUAUCUGUUUCUUGGUCUCUAAUUAGCUUUUCUGUUUACAUUGAGAUGUAAAUUUUUUGUUAUUAUAUGCAAAUAAAGAGGGAAUGAAAUU